AGGGGCUGAUUGGGAACCCUACAAAGUUGGUGAAAAGCUGCCGUCUUUCUCACUGAGACCAGAAAUAGCACAUUUGGAGCACAGAAGUGUCAUUCUUAAGAAGUUUGUAUUUUAUAUAGCACCCGAUGGUAAAACGAUCUCGGAGUGGUGAGUCGCCUCCUUCACUCGGGGUCAAGUGAGGAGGGUUGAGCAGGGAUCUGGAUCCAGACGGGACCAGUCAGGGCGAGUUGGGAGUGGGUUUGACAAGGCAGCCUGGGGAGACGUAACUAUCUCGCAGACAUCAGGGGCGUGGAUGUUUCCCAAUUCUGUUAGAUAUAAAUAACUGCUAUCGAUCUGUUUGUGAUAAUGUGGUUACAAGAGCCUGGUCUAGAUCACCGACGUUCCCUGACUAUCAGGGACAGAGCCGGAAGAAGCGGUGGUGCUCCCGAUGGUAACUCGUUGUUGGAUGGGACAGAGGAGCUCCGCACAGCCAAGCAAGAUUCAGUCAUUUCACAUUGAAGAACAUUUCAAUUCUGAGGAGCUGAUAAUGCGUACUGUUCCAGCAUUGGAGAGGAUAGAGGGAGAUGGAAGUUCUUAUAAAACGGGAUUCUUUCUACUUAUAUUUGGAGUUUCCUUUCUAUCCGCUGGAGUCAUUAUUGCUACCUUUGGGUUCCAGUCAUGUGAUCGUAAUGGUGGCAGCUGCAAUGUGAUUCUAAAGGCAACUGGACCAAGUUUGUGUGGCAUUGCAUUGGUAUUCUUACUUCUAGCGAGAUCCAAGUCUCUGGUGAAUCUGAGGCAGCUGGCCCAAUCAGCAGAUCAAAGAUGCUUUCUUUCAUGCAGUGAGCAGGACACUUUUGCUCGUUUCCUUAUUUUUGGCAUCCUUUUUUGUUUCAGUGGAGUGCUGUUAACUAUGAUUGGAGUUUGGGCAAUCACCUGCCCUGGCACCAAGGAAGGUGAAGGAUUCAAUUUAAAGAGUAAAACUAAUGGAAAUGAGAAAUGUAAACUACUCUUCUUGCAAAUUAUGGGCCCAGUGGUAACAUUUAUUGGUAUUUGCUUCUUGCUAAUUGCCCAUGUCAAAAAGAAGGUAACAUUAAAUCCAGAAGAAGAAUGCCCAUCCAGAAGUAAUCAACAGCCACAUAGAUCAGGACCAUGUCAAAUAGCAAUAGAUAACUCUGUGUUGGUCCUUCCACCACCACCACCUUAUUUCCCUGAACCACCACCAAUUGUAAAUGAGUACAAUGGAAUCUGUCAACCUGUUCCCAGUGACAGUCCUCCCUCAUAUUACAGUGUCAUCUACUGCAGGGCCCAGGAAGAUGAGAGCUCUAAUUCCAACAUGAUGGAUGUUAGAUUGAUUCUUAUGAGGUUUCCAGCACAUUGGCAGAUAUAUCUGGUGUCUGCUGCUUUCUAUCAGAGUUAUCAACAAUGGAUGAAGAAACCCAGACUUCAGAUGAACAACCAACUACUUCAUCCAACAGUAUCUUAGAUAAAUUAAUUUUGGCUUUCUUUAGUUUGGCACUUUUGAUAAAAUUAUAUGUGGCUGUUCUCAGAACAUUAAUGACCACAGAAAGGCUAUUUUAGUCACCAGUUCGAUGCUUGGGAGUGAGAAGGGUUCUCCAAAUGAGACACCCACUCUAUUUCUACUCUCCUUACUCUCUUUUAACAGUCUCUGUCUCAAGAAGAUAUAUGACUUUUCUUCUAUAAAAUCAAAAGUUAGCUCUGCUUCAUUAAUUGUUUGUGACAGUGUAAAGUGCACAUUUUAAUCACUACCAUUAAGUUUCUUUAAUUAUCUUGCUAAUUGUCUUGGGUUUGCAUUACCAUCUCACUGACUAAUUGAAACAAUUAAUACUAUUUACCCUACCAUAAAUUACUGUAAUCUUGGAAGCCAUCAAUCAAGACACUCCAUUAGCUCCUCAAAUCUAGUGAAAACCUAUUGUCAAAACUCAUCUGCAUAUCUGGAAAAUUAAAGGAUAUGAGGAACAAGCAGUAAAGUGAUAUUAGACAAGGUGGAUAAUAUCGAGCAAUCUCUUUUUGUAGCUGAUAUAACUUUUUCAGCCUUAUGAGUUUCUACGUUUCUAAUCUCUGUGCUGCCCCUUCGCAAUGGUGGCACAGUGGUUAGCACUGCUGCCUCAUAGCGCCAGACACCUAGGUUCACU